GAGAGAGCGAGAGAGAGAGAAAGAGAGAGAGAGGAGUUUCUUCAUCCAAGGAACGGUGGCGCUUGCCCCUGAGUACAGACCGGGGAACUACUUGUGGGAAAGUAAACAGCAACGGAUAUUUUGAGUCCCUCUCUGGCCAGGGGCUGGAAGAAAGGGGUCGGGCCUUUGAGCGCAGGACCUCAGAGAGCAGUGCUGCGCGAGGAUGGGGCCGCAUUCGAGAAGCCUGUUCAUCUGAGGGCAGGGAGCGCAUUGAGGGGAUUCCUUGGAUUAGAGUCGAAAGGAGGCUGUGUUGAUCGCUGGUGGCAGCCCUUCAGAGGAGCGGGAGAGAAACCGAUGUGACUACAGGCUGACCUGAUGGCUUCCCCACACCCCCCUGCCUGUCCCACAGCUGAGCUCAUGUCUACUGGAGCAUCCCACUCACAGCAGCAGAAGGAGGAGGAGGAAGAGGAUGAAGAGCAAGGGGAGAAGUUUGAAUUUGAGGACAGUGACAAGGAGGAAAGUACACCAAGUGACUCUGCAGUGAAGGAAAGUGGUGUUGAUACUGUAGAAGGAACUGAGCAAAAAGUCAAUGCAGAGCAAAGCCAGGACUCUCAUAAGGACAUGGUGGGACCCAUCAAUCUCCAAGAUCCAGCUGUGACACACCCCUCAGCAAACACACAGCAGGGAAAUAAUGGAGUGCCCCCUGCUGGCCAGGAGGACCACAAGGUGCACACACCUCUUGACACUGCCAAUACAGAUGUGGCAGUUGCCCAGUCUGCAGAAGGUGAGUCCGCAUCCACAGAACCCAGCACUUCAACAGAGCUAGAGCCGACCAGGAAAAGGAACAGCCUCUAUGCAGGCCAGCCCGCUCCUGAGGCAGAUGCAGAGGCAGAGAGCUCGGAGGUGAUCUACGAUGACGUUCCCUGUGAGAGUCUCCUCUCUCCUGAUGAAGAUGACUUGAUCUACGAGGACGUGCAGAGGGCGGAGGAGCUCUUGGGAGCAGACAAUGGCUGGAGCUCCAGUGAAUUCGAGAGCUACGAUGAGCAGUCAGACACUGAGAGCAAAGUUCCCACUCGCAGCAAGCUCUCUCCAGAUGUGCGCCGGCUGAAGGAACGUUGCGCCAAGACCAAGCGUGACCUGGCCAUGCGGCUAGGGGGCCGUGACGUCACCCAGAUCAAACAGAGCUAUGACACCAAGGUCCAGCAGCUGAUGAAAGCAGCCAGAAACGGGACCAAAGAUGGAAUUGAAAAGACCAAGAUAGCCAUGAUGCGCAAAGUCUCCUUCCUCCACAAAAAGGACAACUCAGAGGAUACCGAGGAUGAUGCUGGUUACCUGGAUGUGACAGUGUCUGAGUCGAAGCAUCCGCCCCCACAGCUAUGUCCGAUGCCAGAGGGCCUGACCAGUCAACAGGUGGUCCGCCGUCACAUCCUGGGGUCCAUUGUUCAAAGUGAACGCAGUUACCUGGAGUCCCUCAAAAGGAUCCUACAGGAGUACCAGAAGCCUCUGUUGGAGGCGGAGCCUCGCAUCCUGAGCCCGAAGAAGAUCCGGCCCAUCUUUUACCGUCUGCGUGAGAUCCUUCAGUGCCACUCCAUGUUCCAGAUUGCACUGUCCUCUCGUGUCGCAGAGUGGGACCUCACUGAGAAGAUUGGGGACCUUUUUGUGGCAUCGUUCUCCAAGUCAAUGGUGCUGGAUGUCUACAGUGAGUAUGUUAAUAACUUCACCAAUGCCAUGGCUCUGAUUAAAAAAGCCUGCAUGUCCAAACCCGCCUUCCUGGAGUUCCUGAAGAAGAAGCAAGCAUCCAGCACUGACCGAAUCACUCUCUAUGGCCUUAUGGUGAAGCCCAUUCAGCGAUUCCCCCAGUUCAUCCUUCUACUGCAGGAUAUGCUUAAGAACACUCCUAAGGGUCACCCUGACCGCCUGCCCCUUCAGCUGGCUUUGACUGAGCUGGAGACGCUGGCCGAGAAGCUGAAUGAGCAGAAACGUGUGGCCGAUCAGGUGGCUGAGAUCCAGCAGCUCGCUCGUAGUGUUAGUGACCGCAACCUGAGCAAGCUCCUGAACUCAGACCAGAGGCAGCUGAUCCUGUGUGAGACCCUGAUUGAGACAGUGUACGGGGAGAAGGGACAGGUCCUCAAGUCCAAAGAGCGCAAAGUGUUCCUCCUCAACGACACACUUGUCUGCGCCAACAUUAAUGUCAACAGUAAUAGAUGUGAAAGUGGCAUUGACCACAUCGUAGCUCAACCAAGGGGGCCACCUGACAUCAGCAGCCUGGUUCCCGUGGGCCCAAAGUACGCCAUGAAGUGGAGCGCCCCCUUGCUGCAGGUGCAGGUGGUAGAGGUCGGUCAGGAGAACUCCCAGAGCAAGGAGACCCUCUUCCAGCACUGUGGAUCAAAGAGGCUGAGCAGUGGCAGUGUCCAAGGGAAGGUGUUCUUGGGGCCCCCUCGUCUUUACCAGGAGCUUCAGGAGCUACAGCAUGACUUGUCUGUUGUGGAGGAGAUCACGCUUCUUGUGGGUACCCUGCAAGGGGCAUAUCAGAACCUGAACACCACUGUGGGGCAGGACUGGUGCCUGGCCCUGCAGAGGCUCAUCCGCAUCAAGGAGGACGAGAUCCAGUGCGCCAACAAGUGCCGCCUGCGUCUGCUGGUCCCUGGCAAGCCAGACAAGUCGGGGCGUCCUGUCAGCUUCAUGGUGGUCUUCAACACCCCCAGUCCCCUCAGCAAGAUCACCUGGGUUAACCGCCUGCACCUUGCCAAGAUUGCACAAAGGGAAGAGAACAUGCCAGGCUGGUUUUGCGCAGAGGAUGAUGGGAAGACUAAAGCUCCGUUCUGGUGUCCACUACUCGCUUGCCGUGUUCCUGUGUUCUCCACAAAGGCCCAAGAGCAGAAGCUCCAAGCUGCCCUUCACAACCCGGUCCAGUGUGCGUUGCUUGGAUUUUCAGCCGCCAGCACCUCCCUGCCCCAGGGCUACCUCUGGGUGGCCAGUGGGGGAGACUCCACCCAAGGUCAGGUGGACAUAUUCUCUCUGAACAGACCCACGCCCCGCCCUGUCAAGUCCUUCCAGGUGGGGGCGCCAGUGCUGUGUCUGGAGUAUGUGUCGGAGCCCAGCCUCCCAGAAGAGGUUGAGGGUGGCGCAAGGGAGAGCUCUACACGGGUUGGCAACACCAUCUGCGCCGGUCUGCAGGAUGGCAGCAUCCUCGUCUAUGGCAGUGUGGACACUGCUGCUCAGUGCCUGUUGACCUUCCGUAAUCCUGAGGGGUGUCCAGUUCUCUGCCUGAAACAUUCUGCCAACUUCCUGUUUGUCGGCCUGAGGGAUGGAACAGUGAUGGUGUACAGCAGAAAGGGUGGAGAGGAACUCUGGGACCCGGAUUCAUGCCGGCGGGUGGGCGUAGGUUCGCAGCCCAUUCAAACCCUGCUGGCACUGGAAGAUUCUGUCUGGGCAAGCUGUGCCAACCGGGUCACCGUGAUUGAGGGCUGCAGCCUUGCCACGCAGAGUUUUGAGGCACACCAGGAUCCCAUGGUGAGUGUGGCUCACAUGGUGCGUGCAGGGGGCGGAGUAUGGAUGGCGUUUUCUGAGGGCUCAUCCAUUCGCCUGUUCCACACAGAGACACUGGAGCACCUACAGGAGAUCAACAUAUCCACACGCUCGACCUUCCUCAACCCAGGUCAGAAGACUGUGCGCGUCACCAGUCUCCUCAUUUGCCAGGGGCUGCUGUGGGUGGGCACCGCCCAGGGCAUAAUCAUCACUCUGCCUGUGCCCAAGCUGGAGGGCAUCCCCAAAAUAACAGGGAAGGGAAUGACAUCGCUGAAUGCUCACAAUGGCCCCGUGGACUUCCUGGUGGCCACCUACAGCACCCUGUCCCCUGAGCUGCUGAAGCGGGACUCCAUGGUGGACGGCCCAGACUCAGCAAGCGGAGGGGAGGACCGGAUGGACUCGUCUUCCCAGGAGUCCCUGCAGCAGCCCAGCGACUCCCCCCGCAGGGAGCGCAAGGGGAAGGGCGUGCUGCUGCAGUACCGGCUGCGCUCCACCGCACAGCUCCCAGGGAAAGUCCUGACGGCCCGGCCGGACGGGGCCUCAGACUCUUCCCUGGAGUCUCUGGAGCACAGCCUGGAAGACGGCUCCAUCUAUGAGCUGAGCGACGACCCUGAGGUGUGGGUCCGGGGACGCCCCUCCACCAGGGAGGGCGGCAGGAGGGACAGGGUCACCUCGGCGGCGGUCAUCUCUGGGGGACGGGGGUUCCGGCGCCUGGGGGCCUCUGGGACUACACCGGGCAGCGGGGAGACAAAUGAGAGCACGCUUAUGGUGUGGCAGCUCCCGCUGACUGUCUGAGGUGGUCACACGCUGUGUGGAGCAAGGCCUACUACUGUCAGAGAGAGUCUAAGGCAGCUCUUUCUACCAGCCUAGUGCUCAUCCCUCCGUCUGGAGGCCAAGACGUGCAUGAUACGAAAGACACCUGCAGCACCCAGCAGGCAGGUAGACUCGUAAUUGCAGCACCCAGGAGGCAGGCAGACUUGUCCUGGCUGUUCUAAGUGCUCCUGUCCAUCCCACCAUGUGCUGGUGCAACCGACACUGAGGAUCGAGGUCACACACAAGGCUCAUGUACCGUAUGCUUGUGUGUGUGGCUCAGGCCUCAGCACAUCCAUCUGACUGAACUCACAACACUAAAUGUGCACACAGAAUGCUGUCCCCUGACAGGGAUCACCCCUUCAAAGAAGGCGGCUUUCCACAGCUAUGGAAGCAGUAUUGAAUGUGUAUUUAAAAAAAAUAAAUAAAUAAAAAAACUUUAUCAGGGGUCAGGUCGUUUGAGAACCCACACCUCUGGUCCCUCAUCUAGGAAUGGUGACAAGCGCACUGUCACUCUCCUUAGUAGCAAGCAAGUAAUGGAACUGCCAUUGGGCAGUUUGGGCAGCUUGGGCACUGUCAUUGGGCAGCCAGUUUUGUCACAUUAUGGAAGACAGACAUCUUUGAAUGACAGUUAAGGGAAUAAGGAUUAAUGGUACUGUUUGUCUAAUUAAUAAAUUUGUAACCUCUGUGAACUCUUCCCUCCACGCCAAAAGAUGCACAUUUUUGUCUUUGGCAAUGCAAAGUAUCCUGUUCUGAGCAGUUUGUCAUUAAUUUUCGAAAACUGGACACAGGGAAAAAGGACUUGGAUUUCUUUCCAGCUGCUCCAAAAGGUAUGACAGAGAGAAAACCCUGAGAGAACUGAAAGCACAGCCCGGCUCUUUAUGUUUAUUUUGUCACAGGUACUUCAUGUUAAUGGUACACUUUCCACUGUGUCACUUUGCUGUAAAAUAAAGACAACAUGUCUUAUACAGGUACGAGCACUGGUUUUUCAUAUGGAAAUUUCAAAUUCAGCUCCAGUUUGAUUGGAUUUUCCAGGACCUCCCAGUUGCAAUGAAAAAACCACAAUACCCACAAUUCAAUCUGAGGCAGAGCAAACCAUGGCCGGUUCACAAAAUAAACACUCUCGCCACUUGUUAUCAUCCAGCCCAGAAUAGGACUAAACACACACAAAGCCCUGCUGAAUUAAUGACACGCUAAUCAUGCGCCCUUCAUCAAUAUUAGGCAGUCAUCAGUGCCCUUGUUAUGAGUAUGAGCAGGCGUCAUUAGCAGUGGAGAACCUGAAAUCAGCUUCUGUGUUUCUCAUCAAAGGAGCGAGGCGAGCAGUGACUGUUUCCUUGGUAGUUAGCCGUUUUAUGUCACACGGCCUAUUAUGAGGGCCUCGCUGUUCUUGUUAGCACUCUCAUUAUCUCUCGCAGAAAGCAGCUGCUCCUGCACGAAGCCUCUUAAUAAGCAUCUCAAAGGCACUAAAACAUA